GGCGCUUGAAUCCUUCCCUGUACUGUGGUCAAAAGAAGAUGAAGUUGAGAGCCAUGGGACCCAGAGCUGCUGACUUGCAGCUUUACAUGGGCAAUGCACGUCCUCUGCAUUUGCUUCAGGUGCCUGAAACCUGUGGCUACUCAAUGAAGCAAAAUGCACUAGGCCUCAUUUUGGUUGUUCCCUUCGAUGGCUGCAAUGUGAUACAAGAGAAUGGCAACUACGUGUUGUCAAUGAGUUGGCUUGAGACUCCUGUUAAAUUCAAAUGCCCCAUGUUAACAAGUUCUGCUGUAACACCUGCUUCGACUACCCCCAAGGCUGUCCAACAGCCCUGGAAACUUGCUUUCCCUCAUGGGGCCCGUCAUAAGCGCCAUACAAAACAUCCCCUGUCCAACCCCUAUAAUGCCUAUUGGCAGUGGUAUAACUACAUGUAUAUGAUGGCACAAGCCCCUUCUGCUACUACGACUACCAAGCCAUCUACAGAGAAACCCCCUCAAACGAAUCCUCCAGCCUCUCUCAAUUUUUACUACCCUUACUAUUUGCCUCAAUACCCCUACUACGCUCUACCACCCUAUCCAAAUGUGCCAGUGUGGACUGCUACACCAUUGGCCACUACAACUGCCAAAACUACUGGACCUCUCACUAGUGAGAUGACCACAACAGCCCCCUCAUCCACCAUGACUACUCAAAAAAUACCAAACCCCUAUUACCCACUAUAUAUUCCUUAUCCCUACUACCCUCCAGCAGGACAACCACUGCCAGGACUCCCUGAAAAUUCCCAAGUGUACUACUACCACCCAGUUAUCCAACAUUACUAUGGACCAUACCCACAAAUGCAAGUUACACAGCCUCCAACUCUCACAACUGCUAAGCCGGGUAACCCAACUCCCACCACUAAACCGACGACAAAGCCAACAACUGCCUCUGCUGCCACAGCUCAAACAACUUCAUGUACAAAAAAACCCAGCAGUGGCAAGUAUCCAGGCCCACUGAGUCCAUAUGUACCUUACUACCAGCUUCCCUUCACUCCAUACGUUUCAUACCAGGCCAAGGCUGGCAAACUCCCAUAUGACCAGAAAUACAUGCCUCCAGCUGGCUACAAAUCUGAUCUCCAGGCUCGAGCUCACCCACCCCCACAUCCAGGCUUCAACUACUGGCAAUCUGUGCCCUGGCUUCACCAUUCAACAGGCGAAGACAAUUUUCAGUUUGACUGGAAAAAUCUCUACCCUAAACAUGUCUAACUCAGAUGGGGCUAGUGUCCUAUGAUGCUUGGAAAUUUAACUUCAAU